AUGCACGCCGCAGCUGCAGACGCGUUCCGCCUGGCAAGCGAUGUGCUCAGUCAGAGGGGGACACCGAGGUGGUGGUGGUGGGGUCGUUUUCUUGGUCUCUGUCCGGGUUUCAUCGCCAAACACAACGGGGAAAAGGACGUGUCUUCGACCAGCUGUUUUUCCAAAAUGGAGUUAGUCCCGUGCGGACCAAUGAGAGCGCAAGGCUGGAAGCUUCGAUGCUCCGCUGUGGGCAGUGGGCUGGUUCACUGCUGA